AUGACAGAGUCCAUCGAGAGAAUUGCCACCAGGCAUCGAGCUUCAGACGACUUCCCCCUCGCGCUCACCAUAUUUCGUCCCAAGGCAAAAGUCGCCAUCAAAGCCAGCGUCGUCUUUGCCAAUGCGACCGGAGUACAAGCUCGCUUCUACCACAACGUUGCCGCCUGGCUCGCUUCCAACGGCGUAGCCGCUUACACCUUCGACUAUCGCUACUCUGGUGCAUCCUUUCCACCCGAAUGCGACCCAGUCAAGCUCGCCGAAGAUGAAGACUACUUCGAAGAAGCAUUGCGGCAGUGCCCCGAGCAUGUCGAUCUCACAUCCACUUGGUGCAAAGUGGAUCUCGCUUCCAUCGUUCGACUGGCCUACGAGUCAAAUCCUCACGUGGAUCUCACCGUAAUCGGCCAUAGCUUGGGCGGGCACCUCAUGGCUGUCUUACCCUCAGACCAUGUCUAUGGGCCCAAAGCGAAAGUCAAGCGACUGCUCAAUGUCUGCGGUGGAAAUGCGUUCGUUCAAAACCAAAAGGAACCUGAUGCAGCCGAGUUCGGGUUUAUGGAGAUCGUCGUCAAACCACUUGCCGAAGAAAAGAUCUUUCGCGCCGCCAACUUGGGUCUCGGAUACGAUCUACCCUAUGGCCCCGGUCUCGAAUGGGUGCAGUGGUACUUUCACACCCAUUUCGCAUUCAACAGGAAAGAGAAUCUUGACUUGGCUAGAGGUCUCAGGGGUGUUCCCUUACUCUACGUUGGCUUUGAGGACGACGAAAAGAUCGGCAAAAACAUGAUGGAAAAAUACCUCGGCAUGUUCGACCACUCCGACCGCCUCAAACAGAGCCUCUGGAUCGACCCGAUCAAGAAGAACUGGCCGGCAUGCGGUCACGUCAACGCCUUCACGAAAAGCAAGCAGGCCCAACUCGUCCCUGUCCAACACGGCGAAGCAUACACCUCACAGGGCGAUUUCGAAGACGCCAUCUCCAAACACCCAAAACCGCCCCGCAACACGCUCACCAAAGAGGAAUCCAUCUGGAAGCUCUUCCACGACUACAUUCUCGGCAACGAGGUUGACAAGACGGAUGCAGAAUACAAGGUCUGGACGCCACAGGACGAAAGGGACGUUAUGGGAGAGAGAAGGGAGGACGCUGAGUCGAGGGCAAAGCAGCCCAGAGCCGAAGAUGUCAUUCUCGGACUUGUGCCGCCAAAGAAAGCGAAUUUGUAA